AUGCUUCACAAGAUUCUCUCUAAGGUAGCAGCAAACCAUCUCUGGAACUUCGGUAAUGCAAGAGUUGCAUUACCCGCCUUCAAUCAUAUUGGCAGAGAAGAAUACUUCUACAAAUCUGCAGAUCUUAUUCAAUUCAAUGAUUGGAUUGAUGAGAUUAAUGUUGUCAGAGCAUACAUGCUUAAGUGCUACCAAGCCGGUGAGAGGGGAUUUUUGUUGGCCAAGUACAUUGAUGAUAUGCUCAACUUAGCAUUUAGUGUUGAUGAUAGAGGACUGGUUCACAACUUUCCUACUUUUUACAUUUUGGGACUUCUGCACUGA